ACCAGAGGAGGCGAGGAGGAGACGGACUUGGGAAAAGCAGCUCGUCCUAAACUCGAUAGCUGCAUUAGCUACACGGAUUAGUGGCAGCUUUAGGGGUUAUUGCAAACAUAUGAUAGUGUUUCCACUUGUUCAUUCAAGUCAUUUCGACGGGAGAAGGUUGUUUGGCCCACUUUGGAGAGGGCUAACACGGUGGAGGGAGCCUCGAUUGUUUCCCUGUUGGAGCGGACAGAGCUGCCCCGCCACUAUCGGCAGAAACGGAGGUUUACACACGGAAUAUAACAACAAAAUACACGUUUUCAGCCUCCCGUUGCCGCGGUAGGAGAAUCUAAAUGAUUAUUUCAACAUCGUUUUAAAGCUAUGCGAUCGAGGGUGUCGAGGAGAAGUUUGAUGGGAGAGCGAAGUGCGCUUGAUUUCCAAUCCGAUGGAUGUUAGCCCUGCCCGGCUGUGGCUUGGCUCUCUGCUCCGCUGCUGUGAGAAUAACACAACAACAACAACAACAACAACAACAACACCACGUCUCUUCAUAACAAUGCUGCACACACAAGUAUAUGACAACCCCGGCUUGAAUGCCAACAAGACAGCCUCCGUUGCUUGUCUGUAAACCUGGAAAUACCUCCAACCAUCCCCUCUGCUUCUUCCACCCCUCCUCUUCCUCCCUUCUUCUUCUUUUGGACUGUGAGAGGAUCAGAUUCGGAUGGAAAAUGGGAGACGCCACCAAACUGGCCUUCGCCGUUUUCCUCUUCUCCUGCUCUUCAGGUGCCAUCCUGGGACGCUCGGAGACGAAGCAGUGCGCCUACUACAACUCCAACUGGGAAAAGGAGCGAACCAACCGCAGCGGCAUCGAGCCUUGCAGGGGCGAGGAAGACAAGCGGCGCCACUGUUUCGCCACGUGGAAAAACGUCUCCGGUGUCGUGGAGGUGGUAAAGCAAGGCUGCUGGCUGGACGACGUCAACUGCUACGACAGUAGCGAGUGUUUGGAGAAGAAGGAGAGCCCUGACGUCUUCUUCUGCUGCUGUGAAGGCAACAUGUGCAACGAGAAGUUCCUGUACGCCCCUGAAGUGCCCCAACCGGGAGCACCGCAUCAUUCUACCGCCUACACCACCUCCAACCCAUUUUCCCAGAAGCCCCAGCUGUUCAGCACUCUGCUGUACUCCCUGGUUCCCAUCAUAGGCCUGGCCGCCGUGGUCCUCUUCUCCUUCUGGAUGUGGAGGCAUCACAAACUGGCCUACCCCGCCGCCCUCGUCCCCACACAUGACCCCGGACCCUCACCCCCGUCCCCCAUCCUGGGACACAAGCCGCUGCAGCUGAUCGAGGUGAAAGCCAGGGGGCGCUAUGGGUGUGUGUGGAAGGCCCAGCUCCUCAACGAUUUUGUGGCCGUUAAAAUCUUCCCCAUUCAGGACAAGCUCUCGUGGCAGAACGAGUACGAGAUCUUCAGCCUGAGCGGCAUGAAGCACGACAACAUCCUCCACUUCAUCGGAGCGGAGAAGAGGAACAAUAACCUGGACCUGGAGCUGUGGCUCAUCACCUCCUACCACGAUAAGGGCUCCAUGACGGACUUCCUGAAGGCCAACGUGGUGUCGUGGAACGAGCUGUGCCACAUCACUCAGACGACGGCCCGCGGCCUGGCCUACCUGCACGAAGACAUCCCGGGACACAAAGACGGACACAAGCCCUCCAUCGCCCACAGGGACAUUAAGAGUAAGAAUGUGCUGCUGAAGAGCAACCUGACCGCCUGCAUAGCUGACUUUGGCCUCGCCCUGCAGUUUGAAGCAGGGAAAUCAGCCGGAGACACACAUGGACAGGUGGGGACGCGGCGCUACAUGGCUCCUGAGGUCCUGGAGGGCGCCAUCAACUUCCAGCGCGACUCCUUCCUGCGCAUCGACAUGUACGCCUUCGGCCUCGUCCUCUGGGAGCUCGCCUCGCGAUGCACCGCCGCCGACGGCCCCGUGGAUGAGUACAUGCUCCCGUUCGAGGAGGAGGUGGGUCAGCAUCCGUCUCUGGACGACAUGCAGGACGUCGUCGUUCACAAGAAGCUGCGGCCCAUCCUGAGAGACUGCUGGCAGAAACACGCGGGUCUGGCCAUGCUCUGUGAGACCAUCGAGGACUGCUGGGACCACGAGGCGGAGGCUCGCCUGUCGGCCGGCUGUGUGGAAGAGCGCAUUGGCCAGAUGCAGCGCCAGGCGCCCGCCAUUGGCCCCGAGGAGAUCGUCACCGUCGUCACCAUGGUGACCAACGUGGACCUCCCGCCCAAGGAGUCCAGCUUAUGAUCAACGUGAAGACACACGGAUCAACACGAGGGGAAGAGCAGCCAACCCUGGUUGGUUGGCAUAACGAUAUUUCCGUUUUUUUCCUUUAAGUGCGGGCCGCUACUCGGGCUCAGGGAACACCUUGCGCCCACCUCACCACAUGAGUUGAUAUCCACCUCAUUUUGAUAUGUGUGCCUGAGGAUUUGAAACAUUUUAACGGUUGAAACUCUCAUCACCGAGCAAUCGAUUCAGGAUAUAUAACGAGGACAAACGGCGUCACCGAGGGCGGACAUGCUGGGACGACGACACUCGACAAAUACUUCUACCAUGUAUUGUUUUUAUAUACAUACACACACACACAUAGGAGGGUGACCCGUUCUGCUCGGUUUUUCUACGGAGAGAGAAGAUCCGGCGGGGAAAGUUCACAGGACUCUCGGUGCAUUUUAGUGUAAAAAAGAAAAAACCUGGCUCUGGAUACAUUUGCUGUUUUCUCGUGUGCGUUUUUCUGAAGAAACGACUAUCGUUCUGCCAAUAAGCAACGGCUUCUGAAUGUUUAUAGUGUAAUGCUGCUGUACAUAGUGUAUUAUGGACCCAGACAACAUGGUAAUCAAGCUUAUUUUAAAGGGGGAGGGGGGGUCCAUUCUCAAGCAUUACAACGAUAAAAAAACCAUAAACCUCCUUCAACCAGGUAUACCUCAGUUCAGAUGGACACGGUUUAAAUUGAACCCUCUCCCUAUUCACGGUUCUCCACAACCUUCAUGAGUCUGCUGUCAGCCUCACUUAUGGGUAAUGUAGUCAGCAAGACCUCAAUACACAUGGCCAUACACACCAAGUGUUUCUCCCCUUUUCCUCCCCUCUCUCACGUUGAGGUUUCCUCCAUCCUGACUGAAAAAAAGCACCUGUUGUUUUUGUAUUUCUUAUGAUAAUGGGAAAAAGACAAAUGACCCCCAUCCCAUGAUAAAGUUGUCGUUUAAAGUGAUUUAUUUUUUUUGGUUUGCCGUGUCAACUGUCUACGGAGUAAUAAUAUCUGUCCUAGUUUUGGCAGUGAGAUCUGGAUAUACGUGUUUAUAUCUCUGGAUUAGCGCUGGGUACCAACUACUGAUACCUUUGAUAUUAAGUAACAGCUCAAAUCAGACGGUAGAACACACUUGUCAUUUUCAUCUUUAUGUGCUGAUUCUAUCUUUAGAAAGUGCAGAUUAACAUAAAAUAGAUCAUCCGACUCAUCUAUUUUAGGAGAGGUAUCACAUUUUCAAGUGAAGGGGUACCCAGCCCUCAUUUGGAAUAAUCCAACCUGUAUUUAGCUGAGCCGGUUUGCUUUUGAUUUGAUUGCACACAUCUUUAAUUAGUUUUGGAUUACUAUCAAGAGUUUUCUGCUCUCCUUUGAUACACCUCAGGAAUCUUUGGUACUCAGCUCCUCCUCACCUCACCCCCAUCGCUGAUUCUUCCGCUUCCUCUCACUUGGCACUUGUAAUGCUUUCACGCCACAAAAAUGUAUCUUUAUUACCAGUCCAAAUUCAAUUGAAACACUAAUCCCACAUAUGAAACUGUAAGCUUUUACUAGUUCUUGCCCGUCCCUGUUUUGAUUUAAGUCUGAGAGAAAGUUUGUCAAGUGUUACCCAUACACUUAUUUGUACUUAUCUUCUGUCUCGACAAGCAAGCCAAAAAAGCUAUUUUCUCCGUUUCUCUGCUGUCUUUCUCACCAGUUCCCUAAACUAGCUGGCGUGUUUUAUGUCAAUUUUCAAAGUACGACGUUAACAGAUUUCACAAAUUAACUAUGUGAUCAUUUGUAGACAUGAACUGCCAGUUAGGGGCAGUUUAAUUCUCUCCACACAGGGCUUAAUUUAACUCAUUUCACGGCUAACCGCAGUCAGACGAGGAAUCUCUCUUUUCAUCCUGGUGCCAUUUCUAAGUAUCCAUAUACUCUUGUAGAUGUCAGGCAAAACGGAUGUAUCUGUCACAGUUGUGCAAGCCACAGUGACAUUUUUGACUCUUUAUUUCUUCUGAGGGACAUUGAACACUGGUGACCUGCAGUCUCUUCUCAAGCUUUGGGAACGGUUUCACAGGACACAGUUUAAAAUCAAGUGUUUGGAAACACUAAAAAAACACAAGGAAACUACCAGUACUGUUUCACAUUCAGGACCGAUUCAUAAUUAUGCUUUCUUUAUCUUCAAGCAAACGCUGUACUGUAGUGUUUGAGCAAAUAAGAGCUUAGCAAACAAGUUCAGAAAUGGAUGAUCAUCAGAUAAAAGACUAUUGCAACAACACAGCAAACCUGAAGGAAGUUAAAGCCAUCUUGUUAUUUGCCCACUGUAGCACGAUAACGAUAUUUGCAUCAAUGUUGCUUCCUUUUGUUGCCGCUUUAAUGAACUGCUAAAGAAAAAAGUAUUUGUUUGAGGUCCUCAUGAAGCUUAAAGUCAGGAAGGAUCAGCUCAGCAGACCCUCUGCUCUACCUCACCUGAUUUAGGGAAGGAAGUGUGGCAAAUAAACCAAUCAUAACCACGUUCCUCGGAUAGGAGUCAUUUAAAAAGCCUGUUUGGGGGCUUAUUUCUGAAUGUUAACUCCCCUUUCUUUCCAUAUGAGAUGAAUUACGGAAGCUAAAUAAGGCAAAUGCAUUGUAAAACCUUUCCUUCUUAUUAAAACAUGCAAGCUAGCACAAACACAGAGGAAAAAUCACCAGUAUUACCCUUUUUUCCCCCAAGUUUGUGUCCAAAAGUAUAAAAAGUACUCACCAGUAUUACAGCAGCCACAUGGAUUUAAAAAAAUAGCCUCCGAAUGUUAGUCUGCCAAAGUGGCUGGUAGAGUUUAAAAACCUCCAGCCACAGCAAAAGAAAACGUUUGAGUAGUUGGUUGGCAGUGCUGUAGGUAGACGGUGGAACAUCUCCAGUGUUAAGACGAAGCUUGAGUUUAAACUGCGCUUGAGAAACCGACCCAAACCAACAAACACCAUUCAGGGAUUCAGUACUAUGCUUUUCUAAGUUCUAGCAAGUUAUAUGCAACCAGUGCCGCAAAUUACCCUACAGUGCUGUAGGAUCCUCUGCAGGAGUGACUUUCAAUACACACACACAAUUAACUUGUAGCAUUUUUUUUUUUUUUUAAAUCCUUGCAUAUUGAUAUGUUGUAUUUAUUUUUUAAUUUACAGGCCUGAGGUUUUGGGGAUCGGAGUUUAGGUGCGACAAGAGUUGGCACCAUUUCUGGUUGAUGUUUGUGGGGGUGGUUGUGGGUGGGUGUUCAGUUGUAAUUCAGGAAAUUCUUUCAUUAAGUCAAAAAGAAAAGAUAUUAACUGUAAAACGUUCUUCUUUCUAUGGACAAACGACCGAGAAUGAAUGUUCUUCAGAAUCCUGGAUUCCAGUAUUGUGUGUACUGUGGUGGAUCGAGCCCGGCCCGGUGUAACUUUAGAGGGCUUCGGCUCGUGUGAUUGUGCCCUGUCGCCGUAGAAACUAGUAAAACCAACACAUUAGGAGAUCCAUUCAUACACUUAAUUGGUUUUACAAUUACCUGCUGAAGAUCUGAUUGAGUACCUGCUCUAAUCAGAAAGAAAAGGAACAGUUACGGCAAAUGAUGUGCUUUCUUUAGGUUGAAAAUGAAAUAUUUAACUACAUAAUCAUAAGGCGGAUGUGCAAACAAGUGUUCUCCACACACCAAUUGGUAUUUAUUAAGACAGAAAGUGGGCAUCAUGCAUACAUGAGAUGGCUGUGUUAUAAAACAAGUAUGAGAUUGCAUUCUAAUAAGUUGAAAGAUAGGUAACGUUGCUUUUAGGUUGUUUGCUAAAUUCACUGAUUGUGUUAUUAGUCCACACAGCAUUCUGUAACAUUUUAUUUUAACGCACAUUUAUAAAAUUAUUUAAGAAUGAUGAUUUUUUUUUUAGAUGAUUAAGGCAAUCAGAGUCUUUUCUGUCGAUGUUGUCAUUUAAAGGUGUAUGAAUGGGUUUCCUUAGCAUGCAGGGUUUACGUUUUUCUAUCUCGACUUUUUCUAGCCCAGCACCUCACAUUGCUGUGCAUAUAAACUACCAGUGAAACAUUUGUGUCUUGUUGCCCCCACUAUUUUAAGCAGUCUAGGAUCUGUACAGACAUGAGAACAUAAAUACCUGUAUCAACUAUAUACUCUGAGCUGAAUCUUUGUGUGUGUUGAACUUCAGUGUUUCCUCUACAUUCAUUCAUAUUUUUCUUGUGUUUUGACUCGCCAGCAGGGCAUGGCCUGGCUGUAUUAAAAGUUGUCCUUUAUGCGAAAAAAACAACUUUAAGUUGAGCUUUGUUUAAGCUAAAAGCUAGAGGCUCAUUGGAGUACUUUGUAAGGCAUCCAAGAAAGCACUUAAGGGUUCCUUGGCAGAAAAAACAAACAGCUAAUGACGAUCAUUGAGCCCACGGCGUUCCUCAAGGAGCCUACUCGGGUCCCCUGUCGGUUGCAUUUUGAAGAAUCCCCAAAGCUCUUAAAAAUCUGUUGCAAUACUCCAUGUGUGAUAAUGCAAUCACCCACUACGGGUAUUUCAUUCCAGCAUCUCAAUCUCCUCCUUUUCCCACUGUUGAUAAGAAUUAUAGAGGAAACAUUGAACUCCAAUGACCUCGCCGCUAUGACUGUCUUGGCCGUAAGAUGAGUCUGGUUGCCAGGCCGGAAAUUUCUACAAAAAAAUUCCCCCUCGAAAACAAAUGUUUUUGACCCCACGUUUCUCAAGGCCCUCGAGUUGCAGUGCUGGUCCAGGAUCUGCCAACACAGGCUUUAAUGAUAUUGAUGCUCAUCGGGUUUCUGGUUUUAGAAUACUCAUAAAUAUAAUUCUUUAGGGACCCAAAAACGAAAGUGGGUUGUGAAAAAGAAAUCGGAAAAUGUCUCGUUUCUUACUCCGGAUUCAUGUGACAUUACAUUGUAUGUUACUUACAAAAGGAUGUGAACAUGACAUUAACACCUGGAAGGAGUUAGUACAACACAAAUAUACCACAUGGAGAAAGGACAUUUUUGUUCUCCAUAGGUUGUGGUCCUGACCUCAUAGCUCCCAGUGAAGGGUCAUGGGAGGAUCAGAGAAAAGACAAUUCCCUUCGCAAAGUAUUAAAGCAGAAUAAACCUUAAGAAACCCUGAAUGCAAUAUCACAGAGGAGAUUUAAUCGAUCCCUGAUCAGCGUUGCAACUCUCGGCUAAUGGUUUUUAUCAGCUGAAGUGAUCCACGUGAUGUAAAUAAAUGUGUUUUUAGAUUGUGA